AUGGGAAUUGCAAGAUUAAAGAAUGUUAAUUUAAACAUUCAAAAUGAAACAGAAGCUAAAAUAUCAAUAAAAGAGACUUUAAAUUUGAUCAGUUCAUUGUUUUUGGUUAAUGGUUUGGGAAAUGCGUUCAAUGUAUUGUCAGGCAUGGAGCUCCAAUCAAGUUCGAAUAUUCCCACUUUGAAAGCUCACUCUUAA